GGAUCUUCGACGACAACCUGGAAACACCUAGGUGGGAUUGGGUUUUAAACAGCAGUCCCACUGUGAAACCAAACAUCUACCCGCCGUAUGAUAGCUGAUGGAGACAGGCAGGGGCGAAACGCAUGGAAGACAAGGAAGUAGGCUUCAUAACGAAGCCCAUGAUCGAUGAGGACACAGUAUUGGAUGACAAACAGCGUUUGCAAACUAUGGCGGAAUUGCACAAGCUGGGACAAGAGGCAAAACUGGCCUUCCUGGAAAACAGGAGGGCAAGGGAGGAGGCAGAGAAAGUAGCGGGUGAAGAAAAGGGAAGGGAAGGAGGUGAGGGGGAGGGAAGUAGCAACUCCCCGGACAACGGCAAGAGCACUAAGGAGCAGAGUAAUGAGAAGGAGGGAACCAGGGGGGGGAAGGAAGACGGAGGCCCACAGGCGUCCACGAAGAGGAAACUUUGGGACAGGGAAGUAGCAUCAUCAACGAGCUCAGGUCAAGAAGCCAAGAGAUCCAACACAGGUGGAGGGGAAGAGGAAGAUCGAGCGUCGCAGGAAAAACAGCAAGGAACAGUUAUGGAGGACGCGACGUCAGAGAAGGGCAAGUCACAGAACGAGCAGAUGGACAUGUCAUCAUCAGCAACGGCGGAAUCUGCAGCAGCUCCAGCAGCAGCAUCAGCAUCAUCGACCCCUCGAAGGAGCGAGGACACGUCAUCAGGUAGCAGCAGCUCAGCACACAACCGGCAUAAGGACGGUGGGGGAGAACCAAUGGAAGUUUCAGCAGGAGGCUCACAGGAGGGGGGGAUCAGCGGAUCCGAGGAAGACAUGCAACAAGACACGGAGUAGUUAGAGGAGGACGCAGAGGGGGAAGAAUGGGAGGACGCAGAAGGGGAAGAGCAGCCAGAAACUUUGGCACAAUGGAUCAGAACAG